UCUUUUCACCUGGGAUUCAAAAUGGCGGUACGGGUGCUUCGACUGGUUCCUAAAAGUUUAGCGUUUCGUUCCAUUUAUUUAGGCUUAAGUAAGGCUUCUUUCUGCUCUGCACAGGAAGGAAAUUUGUUGAUUGAAGAAGAAAAGUACGCCUGGUUGAAGGAUCUGGGACUCAAAGCUGAAAAUGAUGGUGUUUAUAAUGGUUCUUGGGGCGCAAGAGGAGAGACUGUAACGUCUGUGUGUCCUUCUAAUGGACGACCGAUUGCAAGAGUUCGUCAAGGUUCAUUAGAAGAUUACAAUGAUUCGGUGAAGCUUGCUAAGGAUGCCUGGAAGUCAUGGGCCAUGACACCUGCUCCAAAACGGGGAGAAAUUGUUCGUCAGAUUGGCCAGGCACUGAGAGGUAACUUGGAAAACCUUGGAAAACUGGUUGCUCUUGAAGUUGGCAAGAUUAAACCAGAAGGUAUUGGUGAAGUUCAGGAGUAUGUUGACAUCUGUGAUUAUGCUGUUGGUCUCUCAAGGAUGAUCGAUGGAAAAGUUCUUCCUUCGGAACGUCCUGGUCACACACUACUUGAGCAGUGGAAUCCAGUUGGCUUAGUAGGAAUCAUUACAGCAUUUAAUUUUCCUGUGGCUGUUUUUGGCUGGAACAGCAGUAUCAGUAUGGUGUGUGGAAAUGUCAAUCUUUGGAAGGGUGCCCCAUCAACUCCCUUGACAAGUGUUGCUGUUACAAAGAUUGUCAGUGAGGUGUUGGCUCAGAACUCGGUUCCUGGAGCUGUUUGCUCCCUUGUUUGUGGUGGAGCAGACAUUGGGCAAGCUAUGGCUGAGGAUGAGAGGGUAGACUUGGUAUCUUUUACAGGAAGUACACAGGUUGGGCAGAAAGUUGGCACAACAGUGCAAAACAGAUUUGGGAGAAAAAUUUUGGAACUUGGGGGAAACAAUGCCAUCAUUGUGAUGGAUGAUGCAGAUUUAAACCUUGCCAUUCCAUCAGUUUUGUUUGCAUCAGUUGGCACUGCUGGCCAGAGAUGUACCACAACAAGAAGACUGACAGUUCAUGAAGAUAUUCAUGAUGAUGUUGUAGAGCGUUUAAAGAAGGCCUAUGCUCAGGUCAGAAUUGGUGAUCCUUUAGAAGCGGACACUCUGUAUGGCCCAGUUCACUCUGAAAUGGCAGUGGAUAUUUACAAGAGGGCUGUGGAUGAUGCUCAGAAGCAGGGAGGAAAUAUUGUGUAUGGUGGAAAGGUGUUAGAAAAGCCUGGUUUCUAUGUGGAGCCCACAAUUGUGACUGGUUUGGCCCAUGAUGCAGAGAUUGUGCAAAGGGAAUCCUUUGUUCCAGUUCUGUAUGUUGUCAAAUGCAAGAGCUUUGAAGAGGCUGUUGGCUAUAACAAUGAAGUCAAGCAGGGCCUGUCCAGUAGUAUUUUCACAAAAGACAUUGGAAAGGUGUUCAACUGGAUGGGGCCCCUAGGAUCUGACUGUGGUAUUGUCAAUGUCAAUAUUCCUACAAGUGGUGCAGAGAUUGGAGGUGCAUUUGGUGGUGAGAAACACACUGGAGGAGGUCGUGAGUCUGGAAGUGAUGCUUGGAAAGCCUACAUGAGGAGGUCAACAUGUACGAUAAACUUCAGCAAAGAGCUUCCCCUUGCACAAGGUAUCAAGUUUGGUUAAAGACAACAGCAGUAGCUCCUAAUGACAUUUCCAAGAAAAACAAGAAGAAAGGAUCACCAAAAAAGACCAAAGCAGGUUUACACAGUUGGCCAUGAGCAAGGAAAAAGAACUUGUUUUGGUGACUUAAGUGUGCUUAACUCAGUUAUGAAGAACUGAAAGUGUAGAUGUAAAAAAAGCGCUGGCCCCAGUUGUUGGAGAAGUGUCAGGUGAUACUUUCCACAUUACAGUAUCAUCUGAAACAGCUGGGAUUUCAUCAAAAAAACUUGAAAAAGUUUAUUGUACCAACAGUAGGUGCCAUUUGUUGUAAUGCAUGAUAUAAGUAGAAUUGCAGGGCAUAUAUAUAUAAAUAUGCACUUUUUCAAAUAAUCUCCUUUAACAUAAUGUUGAACUGUAGGUUUGUACUACUGUGGACCUGUCUAAAGUUAGUCAGAGUGGUUUUAAUAAAAUCUCAGGUUUCAUUGA